ACAAUACAUAAUGGCAGCAACACAUGACAACAACACGGUAGCAGCACAAAGGGCAAGAAGGUAGAGACACCAACAAAACAUCACGCGAAGCAGCCACAAGUGUCAGUAAGAAUAUUCACGAUGGAAAUAAACCUGUCCAGUUUGAGUGUUUUUUUUUGCAGCUCGCUCCAGACGCUAGCUGCUUCGAACUGAAAAGAGGAGCGACCCAGGGAUGUGUGUGCUUAAGGGACCUCUAACGGAAUGUGACUGGCAGAACGGGUGGAGGAUGAGGGUUGCAUUAGGCAUCACAGAUAGGGGGGAGUGAAGCCUAAGAGUUUUUAUAAAUUAGUCAAGGGGAGGGUUUAGUGUGUAUAGAUAUAUCUAUCUAGUGUAGGGGAGGGGAGGGUCAUGUAAUUGAUUACAUUUCUAUAUAUAUCGACUUGUGCCUGAUGCUGCCACUCAUCUCUGAUUAUCAGCUGGGUGUGCAAUAUGAAGUGCAUGCUUGGAGAGUCACAGAGCAAAGGUAUAUUUCUAAGAUAACUGAUGGGAUGGUGUAUAUACAGCUGUUUCAACCCUAAGCCCCUGCCUGCUCUGCUCUUGCUGAUCAAAAACUUUUGUUGUAUGCUUCCUAACCAGUGGCUGUACUGUGUAGGUCUCUGGUGGCAGUUCAGGAGGAGAGUCAAAGGCUUCUUACGAAAAUAUUAUUUGAUUAGGCCUAGUCCAUCUUGCGUGUAGUAACCUAUAGCCCAGUGGUCACCAACUGUGCGAUUGCCUGGUCGAUCUUCAAGUCAUUAGCCUACAUGAGAUUUCAUAACUUGCAAAACCUUGACCAGAGAGAGAGACUGUUAAAGUAUACUGCAAAGAGCUUCUGUUUUUAUGGGAACAUUAAUUUGUGCAUGAGGCAGAUGUGGUGCGACUUCGAGAUUUGCAAUCAGGUGGAAGACGGUGUCUCUCUGGUCAGUCUCACCGGAGGAAAAGAAGGAGAGAGCAGUGACCACUGCCCAAGCCUCCUGUGUGAUGAACAGGAGGAUGAAGAGGAGGAGAGUUACCGUGGAGAUGAGACCGGAGGAGAGGAGGGGGGAGAUAUAGAAGAAUGGGACACUGGACAAAGAGGAGGAGAGAGAGUGGAGGAGGAAGAAGAGAAUGGAGGAGAGAUGGAGAAGAAUGGAGAGAUGGGUGAGGAUGGAGUAACAGAAAGAGAAAAGGAGAGUGAGGUGGUAGUUGAUUUUGAAGAGGAGGGGGGAGAGAUGGAGAAGAGACAGUUGAGAAAGAGGAUAGGGAGGGCAGAAAAAGAGAAGGAGGAGGAGGCAGUGUUAAUUGAGGAUAGGAGAGGGAGUGUAGAGGAGAUGAAGGACAGAAGAGAGAGAGAUGGGAAGGUAGAGGAGGAAAAAAAGCAGAAAGGUGUGAUGGGGCCUGCUCUGUCUCUCGAUCUCGUCGGCGUGACAACUGACCCUGUCGGCAUGACGACCACCACUCAUGAGGACUCUGGGUACCUGAGCUCUGGGAUGGGGUUCUACUGUCCCCCCGGACCUCUCCUAUUCCACACCCAGCCUAAACCACACCCCCAACCCCUUCUGCCCAGUGGGGUGAAGCGCCCACAUAGUGUCAGCCCCCCUCCCCCUCCCACCCAAAGCCUACAGGUUAAGGUGACUCGAGUGUACUCUACUCGCCGUUCGAUUGGCUACAGUGCCCGGGGGCGUGGCCAGGUGCUUCCCCUCCCCCUGUUGCCAGCGGUAACCAUGGGAGACCCCUCCCUAUUGCCCUCCCUGCCCAAGAAGAAGACAAGAACACUCUACAGCACUGACCAGUUGGAGCAGCUAGAGGGAAUGUUCCAGGAGGACCACUACCCAGAUGGAGAGAAGAGGAAGGAGAUUGCCGCCACGGUGGGCGUCACACCCCAGAGGAUCAUGGUGUGGUUUCAGAACCGUAGGGCCAAGUGGAGGAAGGCCAGUCGUUCUGCAGUGAAGCCAGAACACAAACAGACCUGCAGCCGCCUCCCUGACCCCAACCCUACCUCGCUCCUUGCACCACACCCUAGGGCGGCUGCAGGACACAUCGCCCCCUUCCUCCCUCCUGCUGGUCUCUCCUUACCUCUCCCUCCUACCACCCAGGCACUCCCUUCCUACAGCACCCUGCUAGCCAGCCUUUCAUCCAGCCCUACAGGCAGGUCAGUAGGAGAGAGAGGGCCACCGUCAGGACCUCAGGGAGGGUCAGUGGAGCACCUACCUCCUAUCAUGUAUAGCCCACCACCUUUACGACGUGCCAGCCUCCCCCUUCUGACUACCUUCCUGAACCCCCCCAAACCUACCCCCAGCCCCACUCCACCAACCCUGCAACCCACCCCAACAUCACCUUUCUUCAUGGAUGUGUUGGAGCCCCACCCCCCCAACAGAGACACACAGGGACUCACCCUGCAGACUGACUCUGGUUCUCUAUUUGACUACAGCAGUGAUCUCCUGUCCAGCAGCAGCAGCUCAGUGAAGAUGGAUCCUCAGCACUACCUUACCUCCAGCCACCAGGGUGGCGCUACAGUCUCCUACCAGCCCCAGGCCUCCCGCCUGGCCUACCUCACCCCCUCCCCCUACCUCAACCCAAACCCCCCUGAGGGGAGCGCCCCUCCCCCCUCCUACCUUACCUUUGGUCCAGGGGGUGGGCCCGGGGUAGUGACCUAUGCAGCUGGAGGCCACACCUACUUCCAGGCACAGACAGGAGGGGGACAGAUCCUACUGCAGUCUGGGAUACACGGUGGUAUCACAGCCUACCAGUCGUACCCGUGGGAUCAGCUCUACAGCCACCCAGCAGGCAUCCAGCAGCGUAACCAGUGUUCCCAGUUUACUACCACCACACUGGGGGGCCGAGACCACCCAACCUCCUCCUCCUACCUGCCACCCACUUACUGUCCCCGCUCACACACUCUCACACACACCUCUACCCAGGCCCAGGUCCUGCCCCCAGUUUCUACCCUGCGACACCCCCACCCCAGAGGGGUCAGCGCCCCCCAGCCCAGAGACCCCACACCACCCUUGGCCCUCCUGGAUCCCCCCACCUGUGUGAAGGCUGAGAAUGAGAGCCCUCCCCAUAUACACAGCAGCCACUUCCACUGUGACUUCUCACCCAUACUCUUUUGACAGACCUGGGGGUUGUUAUUCCUGUCUUCAUAUCUUGCUUAGUUAAAUAAAGGUUAAGUAAAAAAAUAAAACAUCUGUGUGUGUUUUCUGUAUGUUUAUGUGAGUAUGAAUGUAUAUGUGCCUACGUGUGUGACUGAUAUAUUUUGAGGCUCAUUAUUGAGACAGACGGUUCUGUUCAGGUUGUUGGACUGUAAUAAAGGCAUGUU